CUUCCUGACGAUGAUAGGGGGGACCAUCGCCACGCCCCUCAUCGUCUGCAGGUUCCUGUGCAUGGAGGAGACUGACCUUGGCCGCGGGUAUCUCGUCUCCACCAUCAUCUUCGUGUCAGGCAUCAUCACCAUUUUACAAACUACCUUGGGCGUCAGGUUACCCAUUAUCCAAGGUGGGAACUUCGCCUACCUGGUCCCCACCAUUACCCUCUUGACAACGACCUUCCCUCCCUGUGACACCAUCAGCCUGGCCAACAUGACGGCAGAGGCGAAGCAGGAAGUGUGGCAGGUACGGCUGAGGGAGCUUCAAGGUGCCAUUACUGUGUCUGCCAUUUUCCAGGUGUUGGUGGGUUUCACAGGUGUGGUCGGAAUGCUCCUGAACUGGAUAACGCCAUUAGCAAUAGUGCCAACCAUUACCUUGCUCGGCCUAUCGCUCUACGACCUCGGGGCCCAGCAAGCGUCGGUUCACUGGGGCAUCGCGGCGCUCACCAUGAUCCUGAUGAUCCUGUUCUCGCAGUACCUCCGCGACCUGCAGUUUCCGGUCCCGAUGUGCAAGGCGGGCGGAGGCUUGCAGGUCUCGCGCUUCCCGCUCUUCACUUUUUUGCCGCUGCUAAUAACGAUCUGCAUCUCGUGGAGCCUGUGUGCGAUUCUCACGGCCUACGACGCCAUUCCGGAAGGGUCCACCGCGAGAACGGACUUCGCUGGUUCGCUCAUUCAAGACGCUCCGUGGUUCAGGGUUCCUUAUCCCGGCCAGUGGGGGAUGCCCACAGUGAGCGUCGCGGGGGUCGUGGGGGUCAUGGCAGGGGUCAUCUCGUCGAUCGUGGAGAGCAUCGGGGACUACUUCGCCUGUGCCAGAGUUGCGAAUGUCCCCCCACCGCCCACGCACGCCCUUAACCGCGGCGUUGGCGUGGAGGGCGUCGGAUGCGUGCUGGCUGGCAUCUUCGGCACGAGCAGCGGAACGGCGUCGUACUCGGGCAACAUUGCUCUUGUGGGCAUCACGAGGGUCGGGAGUCGGAGCGUGGUCCUGUGCAGCGGUCUCAUGAUGCUGAUCUUUGGCGUGUUCGGGAAAUUCGGCGCCGUCUUCGCCACCUUGCCCGAGCCCGUGCUAGGUGGCGUCCUGAUCUUCGUGUUCUCCGUCGUGACAGCCAUCGGCCUCUCUACGCUGCAGUACGUCGAUCUCGGCUCCUCCAGGAACCUGCUGAUUCUAGGCUUCUCGAUUUUCAUGGGCAUGGCGCUCCCCACGUGGCUUCAAAAGCAUCCGGACGCCAUCAAGACAGGUUCCAUGAUGCUCGACCAGAGUCUGACGGUGCUGCUUCAGACGUCUAUGUUCGUCGGGGGCUUCCUCGGCUUCUUCUUGGACAACACGGUGCCGGGCACGGACGAGGAGAGAGGCCUUGUGAGUUGGCACGAAAACCUUCGUCAAGCAGAUUCCUCAGCUGUCAGUGGAACUACCAGUAUCUACGACUUGCCUUACAUUACUGGUUACCUUAGGAGACUGAAGUGGGCUCGUUAUGUACCUUUCUUCCCGACCUUCAAGGGAUUUAGAAAGAGAUUCUCAGCCAAAGAUACUGAAGAAGGGAACAGUCCUCUGUAAUGAUAAUGCGUGGAAGAGACUGCGAAUUCACUGUUCUCUGAGCCGUCGGUUUUGUGUCCUCUCUCUCUCUCUCUCUCUCUCUCUCUCUCUCUCUC